CGUUAUAAAAACAGCGCGUGGCCGGCGCGGAUGGUACAUUUUGCCGUAGAAAAGUGACAUAUCGAGGCGCAGGCGAGCAAAACGUACGACGAUGCACGUGUCGGUGAUCCUCGGCGUAGUGUUGCUACAGGCGAUUUACGUGUCCGCCGGGCCACCUGACUGGGUGCCCCCAGAAAUGUUGGAGAUGGUUCAAGGCGACAAGCAACGGUGCAUGGCCGAGCACGGAACGAGUCAAGCGCUUAUCGACGAGGUUAACGAUGGGAAGCUCUCGAAUGACCGGAGCAUAACGUGCUACAUGAACUGCCUCCUCGACGCCUUCAGUUUGGUCGACGAGGAGGGUAACCUGGAGGCUGAGAUGCUGAUAAGCGUUAUCCCGGCGGAAUUUCAGGAGAUAGGCAACAAGAUUUUGAACAAAUGCGCCAAGCAAGACGGCGCGGAUGCUUGCGAAAAGAUCUACGAAGUGGCGAAAUGCGUCCAAGGGACAGUACCGGAGCUGUGGUUUAUGGUAUAAUUCGACGCAUGGGAGACGAGUUUGCUCGGCAAUCACGUGCGACGACAUUCUCCAACAUAUCCCGCGCAUAACGUUUCGAAGUGAAACAACUCGCUUCGUCAAGGAAAAAAAUAAGGAACAAAGAAGUAGCCUAGGGAUACGAAUUACGUAAAUUUAAAAAAAAUGUGAUUUGUAUAAUAACAAUAGCAAGUAAUCAUUAUGAGACACGCCAUGGGGCGAAAUAUGAAUAAAAUUGUUAAAAAAAUGUUGAUGUUUGACAUUAAAAUAUCGGCUGAGCUAUAAAUAUGCAUUGAAACUCAAUCAGACCCGAGCGUGGCAAAUUACAGCGGGGAAACACGAGACAUCGAUGCAUAAUUACGAGCUAUUUAUGAGCCCAUGUUUAAUUAAA